AUGGUGUACCGAAUCUACGACAUCAAGUCCGAACCGCAGAGUGGUCGCAAUACACCGCCUUCGAGACCAGCUCGGCCAUACCACGUCAGCGACCCUCCGUACGAGGGCUACCAUGCCGUCGAGCAAAGCGCAUACCGCAACAGCGCUCCUGACAGCGCCAUAGUCAUCGAUAAUGGCUCUUACAACAUUCGCGCCGGGUGGCAGUCCGACCGCAGUCCACGCCUAUCCCUGCCACCGGUCAUGGCUCGAUACACCGACCGCAAGCUCAAUCGCAAACUCAACUUCAUCGGCUCGGAAAUCUACUUUGACGGCACAGCUCGAGGCCAGGCCAAGAAUCAAUACGAACCCGGAAGCAACAUUAUCAACAACUGGGACGUCCUAGAGGGUGCUCUGGACUACAUCUUCAUCAAACUGGGCAUUGAUGGCUCCAAGGGACAUGUCGACCGUCCUGUGGUUAUAACUGAGCCACUAGCCAACCUUCAGUACUCCAAGCGCACCAUGUCCGAAGUUCUUUUCGAGCUGUACGGUGUGCCCUCGGCUUCGUACGGCAUCGACUCGCUCUUCUCCUACGCACACAACGGCGGACGCACCGGCCUUGUCGUCUCUUCUGCAUACACUUCUACCCACCUGCUUCCCGUCGUCGACUCAAAGCCGCUCUUUGCCCAAGCUACGAGACUGGACUGGGGCCGCUCGCAAUGCGCUGAUUACCUGAACAAACUUCUGCGCGCCAAGUACCCUGCAUUGCCAGGCAAGAUCAACGAUACCCAGAUUGAAGAUUUGGUUCGCCAACAUUGCUACAUCUCUCAAGAUUACCAAGGCGAAAUGGCCAACUACCUCGACUGGACCGGUCUUGAGGACCGUGAUGUGCUUGUUCAACUGCCCUUUACCGAGAAAGAGGUGGUGCAGAAGUCAGAAGAAGAACUCGCAAGAGCUGCCGAAAAACGCAAAGAGAGUGGUCGAAGAUUACAAGAACAAGCUGCCAAGAUGCGUCUCGACAAGCUCAUUCGCAAGGAACAAGAGCUUGAAUACUACAAAGACCUCCAGCAGAAGCUCGUUACCGCCACUAAAAAGGAUGCGCGCACCAUGCUUGAGGCCGACGAUUUCAACGAUGAGGCUCAAUUGGAACGCAAAGUCAAGGAGAUGGAGCGCUCGAUCCGAAAGCAAAGGAACAAAGAUGUGGGCGACAUUGACGAGCCUGAAGAACUUCCGACAUAUCCUUUGCUCGACAUCCCUGACGAGGAACUAGACGAAGAGGGAAUCAAGCAAAAGCGUCAACAACGCUUGAUGAAAUCUAAUCAUGACGCUCGCGCUCGCGCAAAGGCCGAGAAAGAACGCGAGAAAGCCAGAGUUGCUGAAGAAGAGCGUUUGGACGCCGAACGCCGAGAGACCGAUACUGAGAGCUGGCUCCAAGAGAGGAGAGUCGCUCGUCAGAACAUGAUCCAGCGCAUCAAAGAACGCGAUCGUCUCAAGGCAGAUCUCGGAAACCGCAAGUCACUUGCGAGUCAGAUGCGCAUGAAGAACAUUGCCAAUCUGGCGUCCGACAACCCCAAGAAGCGUCGCCGGGGCGGAGAUGAUGACACCUUCGGCGCCGACGAUGCCGACUGGGGUAUCUACCGUCAAAUUGCGACUGGUGAUCAAAGCGACGAUGAGGAGGAGGAAGAUCUUGGAGCAAACCUCAAAAAUAUCGAGGCCCAGCUGUUGAAGUACGAUCCGACAUUCACAGAGCAAAGUACGCAAGAAGCACAGCAAGAUUGGACCAAAAGUGUGCUUCAUUCGUUCUUGCGCGGUCCUUGGCCUUUCGAUCCCGAGAGCCAAAGAGAACUCAACCAGAUACAUCUCAAUGUCGAGCGCAUCCGCGUGCCCGAAGUCAUAUUCCAGCCCGGUAUCGCGGGCAUUGACCAGGCAGGCAUUGUCGAGAUCGCCGAAGACAUCAUCACACAGCGCCUCUCCGGUUCUUCGAGGCGCGACGACAUGCUCAAAGACAUAUUCUUAACAGGUGGUUAUACGCACUUCCAAGGCUUUGAGGAGCGUCUACGUAACGAGCUGCGUGCUGUGUUGCCUGCAGACAUCGCUCUCGGCGUGCGCAAAGCCAAAGACCCAAUCCUCGACGCUUGGAGAGGUGCAGCCGAGUGGGCCGCUAAACCGACGUCAAGACAAUCAUUUGUGACACGAGCAGAAUAUCACGAAAAGGGAGCAGACUACAUCAAAGAGCACAACCUGGGCAAUGCAGCUUUUUGA